AUGGGUGAUGCAGAUAAUGCCAUGCCUCCUCCUAAGAAGAGGGUUGCAGGCAAACAACUCUCUAGAGAUGAUGAUCCUGAUGCUGAGGAAGAGGUUUUUGGUCAAGAAACUGGAACUUUUCAGAGGGCUAGUGAUGAGGUCCUUGCAAGCAGAAGAAUUGUUAAGGUUCGUUGCAACACGACAUCUGCCACUAGGGCUGUCAGUUCAUUUGUAGGCAUACGUUUGGUUCCCACUACUGCACCUCCCUCUGUGGAGGAGUCUGUAGCUAAAACCUCUGAAACUACCCUGCAUGCAGGUGGUGAUGGGCGACUUCCAGUUGCCCAAGAGAAAGGGGCAUCUGAGGUUAAAGAUAACCAUAGUGAUGGCAAAAAUAAUAAUGAGGUUAUGUCAGUAUCCGAGACAAAAGCAGCAGAUACAACUCUUACAAAGGCCAAGAAAGUAUGUCAGACAAAAUCAGCUUCAGCUGAUUUGAGUGUGAAUAGUGGUGGAGAAGUCAAAGGAAAGGAGGAAAAAGCCCAACUCGAACCAACAGAAUCUACUAAGGAGAAUGGAAAACAAAAUAAAAAUGGUGAAAGUGAUUCAGCAGAAAAAAAUCUUGAGCAAUCUACUGAAGUUAAGGAAACCAACAAAGAGGACAGUGUCAAGGAAGUGCAUCAGCAAGAACCAUGUGCCGCAGUUAGUUCCUGA